AGUACACCAGAGACCGCCGCGCGGUUAGCGCGUACCGCGCCCAAACACGUCUCAAAUAAAACCAAUAUCAAUAGCGACAAUAAAACCCCAGGCCAACGUGUAAACAACGACAAUAAUUAGUUAUGUAAGCGACAAAAAAAAACCAGUGGUAAAAUCAAACGAAGCGAAAGUUCAACAAAUAUGACGUAAAAACGACUCACGGAAAUUAUGUGAAAGUAUUCGUGUUAGUCAACUUGCAAGCCGCGACCAGAGCGCGCGUACGCCGACGACUAAAAAAAAAACAUAAGUUGCAUAUUAUAAUCUAUGCCGAAAGUGAUUUGCGCGGGAAGUUUGACAGCUGUCAGGUGGUGAGGAUUCCGAAAAGUAAAACAUCGACAGUGUAGUAGUGCAGUCGGUAUAUUGUGUUAUAGAAGGAUAAAACCGCCCUCGGGGUUCGGCCAAUGGCGCCCAAGUUGCCGCCCCUGCGCGGCCUCGCGCCUCUCUGCGUGAUCCUGCUCCUGGCUGUCGGUGUAGUGACUAGCCGAAGACCAGAACCGUACUACGGAAGGCUUAUAGGUCAUCUAACGCAAUACGCCCACGGGAUUAGAGGCACAGUGUACGCAGUAGACGAGAGCACAGUCUUCAUCAAGGGGUUCGCGUAUGAUGGGACGGGCCCUGACGCAUAUUUCUGGGUGGGAGAUUCACCGCAGCCGUCUCCUGAAGGAACUUUAGUGCCAUACCCAGAAGAUUACUCGUCAAGGGAUCCUCCGAUAUUAAGCGCUCAUAGCAACACCGAUAUUCUGUUAAAGCUGCCAGCGGGAAAACGGUUAAGGGACAUCAAAUGGAUCAGUGUGUGGUGUAGACGGUUUACUGUAAACUUUGGAGAUGUAUUCAUCCCAGCCGGCUUAGAUCCUCCGAGGCCAAGGGUGCUUCCGGAAUUCAAGCGUCUCGCCCACGGUCUGCGGUCCGGCAACAUCAGCGUCUUGGACGCUAAGACAUUCUACAUACCGAACUUGCACUACGACGGAGCCGGGCCUGACGCCUACUUCUGGGUCGGGAACGGAUCUGAACCUAACCCUUUUGGUACCAAGGUGCCAAACGAGAUGGGUUCAUUGAAUCCCCUCCGCGGCUACCAAGGCGAGGACAUAGAGAUACAGCUGCCGGCGAAGCUGACGGCCUACGACGUGGACUGGCUCGCCGUGUGGUGCGUCGAGUACAGACACAACUUCGGGCACGUUUACAUCCCUAAGGACUUGGACGUGCCGCCGGCUCUGGGCCAAACUAAGAUCACGCCUGCCUGGUGGUAUAAUCCUACGAGUUCGACAACUUCGAAAACGCCGCACAGCGCCACCAACAACUGCAAGGAGAUACUCGACAAAAGGCUGCAAGUGCGCUGGGAAAUACAAGGAGACCAAGUCCAGAUUACGCUAUCGGCGCGUCUGCGUAAAGAGCAGUAUAUGGCGUUUGGCAUUUCUGGAGCUGAAGGUAGACCCGCCAUGCUGGGGGCGGAUGUGGUUGUUGCUUAUUGGGACAGCAGAGCGAACCAGCCCCGUGUGGCGGACUACACAAUAACACAUCUCGCUCAGUGCGACGGGGAGCGUGGGGUCUGUCCCGAUCAGCGGCUGGGGGGAAGCAACGACGCAGUGCUAGUGACCGGGCGGCAACGAGACGGUGUAACGACAAUAACGUACCGGCGCCCGCUGGCCGCCGCCGAGCCCUCCCGCGACAGGGAGGUGCUCUCGUCUCGGUCGCAGUCCGUCAUCGCAGCCUUCGGGCCGCUCAACUCGCGCUCCGAGGCCAACGCGCACUCCUUCAUGGACACCACCCGACACGACGUCCAGCUGGACUUCGGCGCGCAGAGCGACAACGCGUGCAUCGGGCUGGCGGAGCUGGACGAGCUGGGCCCGGGCGCGUGGCCGGCGCGCGUGCUGUCCGGCGUCACCAACUUCACGGCGCGCAUCGGGCCCGCGGGCGGCCGCCGCGGCUACACGCCCAUCACUGGACAUCCGUCAUGGGGCAUAGCGUGGUACAUCAAUGACCAGCUCAUACCGGAGAUAUAUGUGGAGCGCGGCAAGACUUACACCUUCUAUGUCGAAGGAGGAGACGAUAGAACAAAUCCAGCGAGGUACCAUCCGUUCUACAUUAGCGAUUCAUCGGAAGGUGGCUUCGGACAGAAGAAGGAGGAGGAGCAGAGGAAACAGCGGGUGUUCGCGGGAGUAGCCUACGAUAAUGAAGGAUAUCCUUUCCCGACGGCCGUGGGCCGGUACUGCGAGUGGACGCACAAGUCGGUCGACCAGGCCAACGCGUCGCCCACCUUCGAGCAGUACGUGCGCACCCUGCAGCUGGAGUGCGCGCCCGGCGACCCCGCCACGCUCGUCUGGACCGUCGCGCACGAGACGCCCGACCUGCUGUACUACCAGUGCUAUACCCACAACAACCUAGGAUGGAAAAUCCACGUGGUGGACCCAGGUACCGCUGUCCCAAAACCCGGUGACCAAAAAGCCAGAAUCAACGCAGCUCAUAGGAUUUGCCCAUUUUCAAGCACGACAUUCGUCUUAGUAAUUACGUUACUUAAUAUGGCCGUCAGAUAAAAACUGAAUGGUUUGUAAGAGUUGGUGGUGUUGUCAGCAUUGUGAAGCCUUUCAACGUUCGCUAUGUUCAAAAAUAUCAAAAUUAAUGAAAUAUUCAGUUCUAUUCAUUCAUAUUAUUAGUAAUUUUGUAAAUUAAAAAAAACAGCAUCAUCAACUCAUCAAACUAUUGUGAUAGAUAUUAUAUAAUUUUUGGGAAUGAACAACAAUCCAAGGGUAUAUAUUGUCAAUCUACGUACAUUAUCAAUUCCAUAUCAAACAAGUAUUAAAUGAUUCAGGAAUUUUAACUAUUUUACAGAAUUAAUUUCACUACUUUUUCAUAAAUGUCAUUAAGGUGACUAGAAAUUAAAAUACUAAUACUCACUUCAAUGUUGAACAAAAUAUUAAACUACCUGACAAAAAUAAUAAAUGAGGGUAGGUUAGUAUUUUUGCAGAUACAGGUGAUUUUUCCUUAUUUUUAAUAUGGCGGUAUGUCAGCAAUAUAUUGACAUUGUUACGAGUAACAGUGGAACUGUUCAUCUGCCACAACUAAUUAAAUAUUUGAUACUAAAACAUCUUGUUACCAGAUUUUACUGUCGUAUUUAAACAUAUAUUAAUAUUCAUAAUUUUAUUGCAUAUAUUUAAGAAAAUAAAUGACUUCUUAUUGUAACAUUGACAAUAAUAUUUAGAAUAAUUGAUUACUUAUUUUAUACAAAAUAAAUUUUAAAAUGUUAAAAAAAAAUGAAACUAUUGUUGUGUGCUUUGCAAUUAUAAAAAGCAUUACAUAGUUUUUCUAAUAAUAAUAAUUAGUGUGCUUCGAUGUAAUAAUGACAAUAAUGUCUUUUUUAUUAUAUUAUAUUAAGAAUUUGAGAUCAAAUUUCUAGAAAAUUUUCAAGUAUUUUAAGACAUAAUUAUGUAGUUUUUAUAAUAUAUAUAUAAAUAAAUAUAUAGACAUAUCUACAAUUAAAACAUUAAAAAUAUCUUUUUUUGAUUCAAUAUGAAAAUGACAAUAAAAAAUUGACAACUUGAAAACUACUUGAAAUUGCUUGAAAAAUAUAUCUAUGUCUAGGAAAACUUAAUUACUAUCAAAUAGUCCAAUUCAAGUCUUCAGAAAGAUAGUGGCAUGAACCAAAAUUGAUUGCUGCUUGUUAAUAAAAACUAUCAGCGAAAGUCAAGACUGGCAAACUGUAGUCAGCAACAAUACGUACCUAUGUACACGAAGGUAUUUUUUAUUGUUGCUCUUUACCUUUUAAAUGUUUUAUAAAUAAAUAAAGAAUACUGAUAUUUACGGUUGGUAAGCAGCUGGAUAAGAUCAGCAUGCAAACCGAAUUUACAUUCUCUUGUUUCAUUUUAAAUGACUUCAAAUUGAUGCUGGUUUUAAUUUAAAAUUUCUCGAUAGUUAACGGCAAUAACGAUUCGCGUGUAACCGGGGCAUUGACCUCCGAAAUACCGGAUUAUCGAGAGAAAGAUUAAUGAAUCUCACAUUACGGCCUCACGAUUAUUUACCAAUAUUUUUCGUAACACUGCUUCUGAAAAUAUUCUCAGUUGAAAUUUAAACCAAAUUAAAUAGUUAUAUUACGGUUAUCAUUACGUUGUUAAGGACAAAAUAAUGCUGUUACACAAUAUUGACAAUAAUGCUUUAAGAAUGCUAAAUAAUAUCUAUUGUUCGAUGUUGAUGUAGACCAAUAUUUAGUAUUAAAAGGGUCGCAAACACUAAAAAUACUUCAUUUUUAAAUAGUUAAUAUAUUCAUUAAGUUAUAGAUUUACAAUUUUAUUUGAAUAAGUAGGUAAUAUUGUACAGGCUCUGUCUAUUUCAUACCACUAUUCCAUGUAAAUCUUAAAAUGUUAUGUGGUGGCGGUAUACCUCGGCUGCUACUGUGUUUUACCAUUUUCGCUUAUAGUCGUGCAUAGCGACUGAAAUUAUUUAACUUUACAGUGCAGAAGAUUCCUUUGUCACUGAAUUAAACUCUCAAUGUUCAGAACAUCGAUUAUUAAAAUACAUACAUACAAUACAAUAUAUUAAAAAAUAUCGAAUAAUGGUGGGUAUAAAGCAGACAACAGCCUUUCAAUUAACUAAUGACAAUAAAACAUGUAUAUAUACAUAUAUAUUAAUACUAAGUCUACGCAAUACUUUUAUAGUCUAUAUCUAAUUACUUGUGUAUAUAUUUAUAUGUGAUUUCUGAAAAAUCAUGAGAGUGUAUUUACAACUGAUAAUCUAAUUGUUUUUUUUUAUUUGGUGUACUGAAAUAUAUACAAUUGUUUACUUUUUUAUAACAAAAUAUGGACAGCUUAAUAUAUCGACAUCUUGUUCCCUCAAGAAUCACUCGAAGAUGGCAAAGCAUUUAUUUAAUAUGUGUCGCUAGAACAGCACAUUUACUGUGAAAUUGAGAUUCAUGAAUUGGUAACAUUCAAUGGGGACAAAUAUAAAAAAAAUAUAAAUUGAAAAAAUAAUAAAAUUUAAGAAUUAUAUACAUUCUCUUUUCACAAUAUUGUUCAGAGGGCUGUCAAAGUACCUACAAAAAUAUAAGAGUAAAAAAUCAUACGAAUUUCUAAAUAGCAUUCUUAUGCCUCAUGUAAAUCUUCAUUGAGAAUAGGUAAAUAAACACAAAUACUGUGGAGGACGUAUUUAGUCCGCAGCAUGAUACUCAUUUGGCAAAAUACCAAUAGACACAUUUUAUUCGAUAAGAUGAAGUUUAUGUGAGCUACACAAUUUAGGUGAGAAACACACUCUGUGAAGUGUAGAUAUGCAAUAUCAUAAUUUAAAAUGAAAAUGUAUUUACUAUACAUGUAGCAAAUAAUACCAUUAAUGCUAUCUAGUAUAUUUUGCUACUUGCAUUCAUAUAAACAUGGCAUUAUCGAACUUAAGAUAUACAAACAAUUUAGCAGAUACUGUACAAUGAAAGGUAGAAGAUGCUCCAUGCAUCAUUCCAAAAAGUUUGUAAAGUUCAGUGCUCAUAAUAGUGCAUAAAUAUGUAAUAAAGACAGCUGACCACUACAUAAUUUGUUCAGGAUAUAGUAGCUCUUUUGUGCUAAUUGCUCUAUUAUAUUACUAAUGUUAUGAAACAAUCACAUAUACCUACAUAGAUCAAUUUUAUGUAUGAUUUCCAAAAACAAAAUAAAAUAGCAUUUUAUAUAUUUUUUAUGGAAAUUUAAGAAACAAUAUUGUAGCUUUGAUAUCAUUGAUAAUAAAAACAAAAGACUACUUGAUAUCAAAAGUACAAUAGCAGCACAAGUUUGCAUAACGUAAAACAGAGUGUAAGCUCAAUAUGUCGCCAUGAACUACUAUCUUAGUUCACCACAUUUUAGUCAUGAAAGUGGUAGCAGAACACAUACACACCACAGAACACAAUAUUAUUAUUGUUGCUUGGGGAAUGUAAAAAAUAAUGAAAUGACAAUAACUACCAACGAAAUUGAAACUAACUUUACUUUUAAUGGCAGGGUAAAUAUUGAAAUGAUAAUUGACUUUUGAAAAAGUGGUGCAGUUUUGAAAUGAAACUGACGAAUGACAAUAAUCACGAAUAAUAAUUAUGCACAAAAUUCAAUAUAGUAUACAAUUAUUUACACUUACGGUAAAAUUUUUGUAUGUAAACAUACUAUUGGUUAAUUAUUAUUCAUGCCUAAUAAAUCCACAAACAGUACUUGUUAUUGCAAAUAACGGACUACAGAAUGAAAACACUUAGUGUGGAUUAGAUUUUUUGAUAGCUUUGUUUUUUUUUUAAAUAAAACGAUUAUUUGGGUUGCGUUUCGCACCUGUCCGGCAUCAAGACCACUUAGGUUUCUAACCAAACACUUCUUCGAUUAGGCCAGCCCUAAUUGAUAGUUAAUGAGCGAUUGUAAGCUUUUAUAAUAUUUCAAGAGUUAAACUUGUUAAAGUUAAGUAUCUGUUUAAGUAUAUUACAACACAUCAAAAGCCGAAAACAACAAAAAACACUUUUUAUAGCCUAUAUUAUGAAUAAUUUUCUUUACUAGUAUUUUUGUAUGACGGCGCCAAAAGUUAGAAUGAAUCACUAAUUGUCAAUAAUUGUUGCAACUUUUCAUAUCAUGUCCACGAGAUUAACACAUUUGGUAAAGCCUUUGAAAUAACAAUAAUUUAGUUAAACAAAGGUAAAUAAAUAAAUUAAGCAAUUGCACGUUUGUAAAAACUUCAAAUCUAACAACUUUCAAAACACACACUGUAUUCCCGCCACGCCACCAAGUUAAUAAUGUCAAACGUCAAAAUUGAAAAUUUAACCCCAAAAAUGGGGAAGUGCUAUUAAUAUUUAAUUGAUUUCAGCUGUGAAACUUACUUUGUUUCUAUCCCCAAUAAAAUCUGAUUAUUUCAUAUUUCACUUAUGCAAUUAUAAAACACCACAUACUGAUGAAAGUAACAAGUUUUAGGUAUUGUUUCAUUGCCUUAGGCAUAAAUAUCAUUUUCGCCUUUUCAGGAUGACGUCAGAAAAUAUUACCUUACUUUGUGUAUGUACCUGUAGGGUAUUAUUAUGUAAUAUUUCUUCUAUUUUUCUUAUCUUGUAACUGAAAGCUAUAAAUUAUCUGUCAUCUGUAUCAGUUAAUAGUGCUUAGUAGGUACAGUAACUGUUAAAAUAAUUUCAUAAUAUACAAAAUAUAGAUUAAAUAGAUUACAGCGAAUUUUCAUAAAAUAUUCCUAAAAUUUCAACUUCAGCGAAUGUCAUAGCGACUCAAUCAAAACAGUAGAUAAAUUUUAAAAUUCAAAUUGUACGAUUCCAUUUUCAUUGUAAUAAUUAAUUUUUUUAUGUUUUUUUUUUAAGUCUCAUUUAAUUUGACAAUGUUAUAAAAAAAGGUGGCGAAGUACAUGUUCAUAAAAUCUAUCUUAUUAUAUUUCUAACGAAUGCUAUGUAUAAUAGCCGGCAAACUUCUUGAGCAUUUGUUGACGUAGUGGGGGUAAGUUUGCGCAUGGUACACUCACGUGCAAAAACAUUAUUUACUCUGCGUCAUAAUGCAAUUAAAUUAUUAAAAUCAACAUAUGUAUUUUUUUAUGUAUUGAUUAGAACAUCAACAAAAAAUGUAGGUUAAUAAUUGUAAUAAUUUAAUCUUGGGGUAAAAUAGAUAUUCCUUCUAUUAAGUCAAAACUAGAGCUGUUGCCAGGUCUUGGUUCAGUUGAAGCGAAGCUGGUAUUUGUAUAUUUUUUUUCGUUAUCAAUCUUGACCAUCAUCAUCAUCACUGUUUUCAUCACCCGAGUCGCUAUCAUCGUGAUUAGUCGACAUAGGGCUCAUCGGUGUAGUUUACAACUCGGUCGGUUCGGUCUACUUUUUUGUCUAUAAUUAAUUAUUUUUUGAAGAUAUUCGAUUCGUAGUAAUCGAAUGUUACUUUUUUCAAUUACCAGCUUCCGAUUAUUUUCUGUUCUUUUUUUCCAUCUAAAGCCUAGCUCUUUCAUAAUACGUCGUAAGCUUCAUUCCGAGCCAUUAAAAUUUAUAUCUUCUUUAAAAUUUUCGAAGCCUUUCUACGGUACGGAGUUUCGCUGCUUGUUAUAUAGUUAUUAUGAUUACAUCUUUUUAUUACAGAUUGAACGAAACUAUCCAUUCCGGUAACUUUCUUCUUCCCUGAUCUUUUCUUACCCGGAGUCCGAAACACGGCGAGCAAGCCAGAGCCUUUAGCUUCCUUAAUAAUGCACCUAACAGUCCUCCCUGAUGGUUUUGUUACUUCCGAAGUCUGUUUUAAUUUUUCCAUAUCAUUCUUCCCCUGUUUUAUAAUGAAGCAAUAUACGUCGUACACAAUUUUUUUACCCUUUCUUUUGAAUACUACACCGGUUUGUCGCGGCAUAGUGUAUGUUUUAUAAAAAAUCAACAAACACUCAACAAAUAGCAAUGGCAACAAAGUCCACAAGUAAUUAUAACAAAUAACUUAACGAUUAAUAACGAUAGACUUUAAUAAUAUAAUAACUUUCCACUGUACGCAAGCGUACUUUUGGGAGCAAGCGGAAUGAGGGCGCGGUGCGGGACGCAAGGUUCGACUGAUCUACCAAUAAAGCGCUCGAUACGAUUUCCCCUGCCGUCGCGCCUCACCCUCACCACCAAAGUGAUCUAAAAUUCGGUUCUGCGCAGUCAAGGUCAUUUGCUCAAGAUGUUUGCCGGUUACUAUAAGUAGGUUAAUUAUAGGUUAGUGAUGAAUUAAUGUUUUUCACUCUGUAGUGGUAGAUGUUGAUGCACAAACUGUUAAAUUUUAUGAAAAUUUUAUUGACAGUUAAUAAAAUAGAAGAUAUAUUACAUGAAGAUUUAAACUAGUACUAUUAUUGUAAUUCACAAUGAGUAAUACUCAAGAAAUACCAUUUUUUUUAAUGACAGCAUAAACUUUAUUUUUUAUGCGAAAUGUAAAACAUAUUUCUAAAACUAAAAUAAAUAAAAUUUAGUUGUUACGCAUCAUUUAAAAAAACAAUAGUAAAUUCAAUUAAAAAUAUAUUGUAUCAAUGUUUUAUAAGACAAACGUACAUAAGUAGGAUGGAUUAGAGUUUUAAUUUUUAUCAAGCAUCACUGCUACCACUAGUUUUCAUUUUUCGGAAUUUUUCAGAAUUCUUGGUAACAUAAAAACAGCAGAAAAAAUAGAUAUGUUUAACAGAAUUAUGCCUUUUACUGUCACAUGUACAAAAAUAUAUCAAUUAAGUUGUAUUAAAUAAUAAAUUUUCAUAGUAAAAACAAAAACCAUUUUGUAUGACUGCAAGUUAAUAAUUGCCUGGGGCGAUUUAUUUCACAUUUAAAUUUAAUUAAAUAUUAGAUUAAGGUAAAUUAGCACAAAGUUAUCGUCAUCUGAUCUUAUUUGACUGAAUAUAACAUGUAAAUUACGGUAAUUUCAAAUAAUAAAGAACAUAAAAAUAGCCCGAGGCACAAGUAUAUACGUGCGCUGUAACCAUAGUUAUGACAUUUAUAUACAGGCGGUUACUUAAAUAAGCGGUGGCGAAAGAAAUCUACGGGGCGCGCGAGUAAGCUUUUGACCACAAUGACAUCGCAGUGUGCCGCUGUGUCUUAAAUAGUUUACAUGUAUGUAGUUUAUAGUUCGCAAACCAAGAUGAUAAUAAUAUUUUCUUUACCAUUAAAGGAAACAUUUUCUUUACCAUUAGAGGAAUUAUCAUUUGCACGAAAUAAAAAUAAAAAUGUUCGCAAAGUGAUUGUAAAACUGAUGUCACGAUUUACGGUUAAUAAAUAAUAAAAUGCUUGACGGUCGGGUGAUAAUUAACAAGAAUGAACUGAUACCAACACCGACUGGGUUUUUGCCAUAAUCGUACCACGCUCGAAACGCGUGGUCAGUGCGUUUAAAAUUAGACAAACCAGCUCACAUAAGCCUUUCGCACUAGACGCCUUUACCUUGUCUCUACUCUUUGGUGCAAAUGCAUCCGUCGCUACCACCAAGGCCCGCACUGUGGGCCACUGCGUAGACCAGUCACAAAAUGGCUACACCACUCGACGCAUGGAACUCUUGAAUAUUCGUUAUGUGAUAAAAAAAAUCACGGAGUUAUUUCCUUCAAUGGAUUUUAUGUAGCGUCACGUGACGUUACGUAAAAUAUGACUAAAUAAAUACUUGUCACUUAUUAGUUAAAGCUCGUAGUAUUAAGCUCGAACAAUGCAUGUCGUGUUUAAAAUUGCUCUAGCUUUGUAUUAAUUAGCGAACAACAAGGUUUGAUCUAUUGGCUAUAUAAAGUGCAUCUCAUAAAAUUAAUAUACUACGACAGAAAUUUAUUCGAUCGAAUCGAUUUAUUACUAUUAUAAAAAGUUAGAAUGGAGAAUCUACAGCUAGCUACAAAAUACAAAUGGCUUUCUUGUAAAUAAUGAAUCUUCAAUUUUAAAGAAUACAAUUUUCAUUGAAAUAACUGUUUAUUUAUCGUUUUAUGUAAUUAAGAUAAAACUUGGACAAUAAAGACAUUUUCUUAAAUUAAA